UCAACGUCGCAGAAACUCCAGUCGGGCAAAAUGAACGUCGCUUGGCGGUGGAUAUUGAUUGCAUUCAUCGCUUGUCACAACAAAGUUCAUGGCUAUCAGCAGUUUUAUAUGGAAUCCUCAGAGACUUACUUGACUUACAUUUCUGGCACUUUACCACUUAUUAUCGGGGCUCCCCACGGGGGAACGUUGAAACCCGCGGAUAUACCUGAUCGCAGACAUAAUGGCAGUUCCUUUGUGCGUGACAUGUAUACCGCAGAAAUUGCGUCGUCAGUAGCGGGAAUUGUGGCCAACCAUUACCAGCAAAGGCCGCACUUAAUCAUGUGCAAUGUCCACCGAUCGAAAGUUGAUCCCAAUCGAGCCGUCGAUGUUGGUGCCGAUUCUGACUCAGGAAGAGACAUAUGGAAGCAAUACCACGAUUAUAUCAAAUCCUCUAUUGUCACUGUGACAGAGGCGCAUACGUAUGGCUUAUUGGUGGAUAUUCAUGGACAAACACACUCUCACGAGAAGGUGGAGCUCGGUUACCUACUGGAGCAACCGGAUUUGGCGCUGCCGGAAAAUUCGUUGAACCAUGCGAUAAGGACUCGAUCAUCCAUUCAGUCUUUGGUGUCGCGAUAUCCUUAUAUCAGUCCUGUUGAAUUUGUCGCAGGAAAAAAGUCUUUUGGCAUGUUUCUUUCCAGUUUUGCCAGUGAUGUCAAUGUCAUGCCGUCGCCUGCUUUCUCUACAGUUGGAUAUAACGAAUCGUUUUACAGUGGUGGAUAUGUUACCGAGACAUACUAUGCCAAGGCCAACCAGCCCGGCGUAGACGUUAUCCAGAUUGAAAUACCAAAGCAUCUACGUUUAGUGACCGAAAAUCGCGACAAGUUCACCUUUACUCUUGCUCAAGCAAUUAUCCACAUGCUAGAUCAUCACUAUGUGAACCGUCUAAAGCUCUGAUAGCAUAUACCAUGAUAACAAAUAAAACUUACUACGUGCCUGAAUUAUUAGCUUGAGAAUGCGUAGAAGGUUUGUGAAGAC